CACUUCGUGGGCAGAUUUUGGGCGGAGUAAAACCUCUCGCCUCUUCCUCUCUGGCUUUAACAACUUCAGUGGAAUAACGAAAAGGACAAAGAGGAUACGAUCUAGAUUCUAGACAAACCUUCUUUAUAACCAGAAGAAUCGUUAAACAGUUGGACGGGCGAAGACAGAAUUAUGAAUCUUCCGGAGGUGAAGGCGUGAGUGGAGCCGGUCUCCCACGGACAGCCCAGCAUGGACAGCUUCUUUAAGGCUGCUGUGUGCGACCUGAACAAGCUGCUGGAUGAUUUUGAGCUCAAUACAGAUGAGCAUGAGUGCAGAUCAGUCUCCCUGUCGCCUCCCUCAUAUCCCGGCCACUCUCUGGGCGCCCAGGGUUUCCUUCCGGAACCCUCCAAAGUUCCAGUUCCACACUCUCUCCCUGACCUCAACUCCCUGCACUACGGCUCUGCUUCCAGCUCCCCCGAUCAUCCUAGCCCCAGUUCUGUGGAGUGUGAGACCAAGGCCCAGCCCCUCACUGGGGUGGACCUGCUCUCCUCUGUAGACGGCCGGGGGUCAGCUAAGAGCUCUGCACCGCCCUGCCCAGACCGGGCCCUGAAGCCUGUGUGUGAUCUGGUCAGUGACACAGGCUCAGCCCACCUCCUCCAGGCCAACAGCCACACCGCCUUCAGUAAGCUGGAUGUGGCAGAGAGCCGGCUGGAGGAGGAGCUUCUGGUGGACUUCACCAGCCCCGUGGUGGCUUUGCCUAGGGAAGCCUCAGCAGGCCUGGGUCUGGGUCCCGGACAUGGGAGUACUGAGGGGAGGGAGGCUCUUGACGGGGGAGGGGAGGUGCUGCUGGGGCUGGACUCUGGUGGUUAUGCUGCCUCUCUCAGUCUGCUCGAUGUGAUUUUGCCAGCUGCUGUGGAGAGAGCCUGUGAGCCCACAAAUCCCCCCUCGCUGAGAAACUCUGAGUCUGGAGAGACUGAGGGAGAGGAGGCGGGCAUAGAGGUGUCACUUAUCAACUGUCAAAUGGAGAACUCACCUGACCACCAGGACCAGCCUGUAGUCCUGCCUGUUGCAAUGGACACCAAGACAGAGGACACUCCCACGUGUGAUAUCGCCACAGAUGUCAGGGACGAGAGCGAGGGGUACUCUGAGCUGGCUGAAGCAGAGAGUUCUGGAAGCUGCACUGGACAGGAACCUAACUCUGAGGACUGCAGUGGCUUUGUGUCUGAGAGCCCCUCAGCCCUGUCCUGCCUGCCCAUGGCCGUGUCCAUGUGCAGGGCCCUGGUGGCCUCCAAGAACCCUGAGGAGGCCAUGGGAGGAGGGUUAGAGGUAGCUGAGGCUGUCCCAACUGAGAACUUAGAGGCAGAGUCCCUGUCUGCAUCUGAUGUGCAGGAGGAAGUCAGUCUCCCAGAGAACCCUGGGACUGUGGAGGAUUGUACCAGCCCUGAUUCUGCCCCUGAAGACUUCUCUGUCCAGUCCCCUAAUACAGAGAGCCCAGAGAUGACAACUAUGCCUUUCCACCUGGCUGUCUCAGCUCCCCCUGUCUCCCAGGUCAGCUUCUCUCAAGUGGAGGUCCAGCCGGCCCCCAUGUCUCCAGAGCGACCUGCGUCCCCUCCCUCAGUGCCCAGCCUAAGCCCGGUGGACCCCCCUGAGUUUGGCUUUGAGUACCUGCCGGAGAGUGACCAGGCUGGGCUGCUGGUGACUGAUGAGGAGCUGGAUGCUUUCCUCCGUGGGGAGGCUCAAGGUGAGGAGGACCAGGGAGUCCCUCACUGCGAGAGGCCCGGGGAGAACCUCCAGGACGAGGGCUUUUCCGAGCUCAAUGGGGACCUGGAGGAGCGGCUGGUGGAGGAGGAGCUGCAGAGCUACAGCCGGAGCCGAGGGGAGGGGUUGGCCUACCCGGAUAGCGACAGGACCUCGUCCGCGUCUGCAGAGGGGAGUGUGAGCUUAGCCCCCUCCAUGCCCUCCCAGGACCCCAGUAGUCCCAGUAACCUCCCACCACCCUACUUUGGAGGGGCCCGACCCAAACAGCUGCACUGCCAAGCAACCAGGGCACCUCCAGCAGUAGGGGAGAACCAGGGGCCCAGUAGCCCCACAGAUAGCACCGACGCUGGGGAGGAGGUGGACCAGAGCCCCUCUCCUCCCAGCCCCAAUCUUGCUCAGGACCCCUCUAAACUGGGUGUGCCCUGCCCAGGGUACUCCCCAACAGAGCCCUACGUGAGCAGUGUGGGGUACAACGAGCUGUCGGAGCCCCCACCCUACCCCGGUGAGCCUGCUGAGGAGGGGUCUGGGUCCUCAGAGGGGAGGGAGGUGGAGGAUGAGAAUGGGCUGGGGUGCAAGCAACCCCCCUGGGUGCCAGAUUCGGAGGCUCCCAACUGUAUGAACUGCUGGCAGAAGUUCACCUUCACCAGGAGGAGGCACCACUGCCGGGCCUGUGGGAAGGUGUACUGUGCCAUGUGCUGCAACAGGAAAUGCAAGCUGAAGUACCUGGACAAGGAGGCCCGGGUGUGUGUCAUCUGCUUCGAGACCAUACACAGAACCCAGGCUCUGGAGCGUAUGAUGAGUCCGACAGGUCCGAGCCCGAACCCCAACGUCCCGUCAGAGUACUGCAGCACAAUCCCCCCCCUGCAACAGGCCCGGGCUGCAGGCACCCUCAACUCCCCUCCGCCCACCGUCAUGGUGCCCGUCUCCGUGCUCAAAACCCCCUGCAGCGACGGUUGUCCUCGUGAGCAGAAGCGUGUGUGGUUUGCAGAUGGCAUCUUGCCCAACGGAGAGGUGGCCGACACCACCAGGCUAUCUGUGACUGGCAGAAGGAGUUCCCAGGAGUCCAGCCCUGUCACACCAGACCCCCCUACGGCUGGCAGCAGAGUAUCCCCUGGCUUUGCAGCGGUGUCUGAGGGUGGUAUGUUGGCCCCUGAGGUCCCAGCAAAGUUGGAGGUUGUGCGCCCCCCAGUGUCAGGGCCCUGGGACUACAGCCUGCUGUGUGGGCUAGGGAGCUGCGUAGAGAGGAGCCCCAGUCUGCUGCCAGAGGAUGACGAGGGCCUGCCACCUCUACUCAUCACCACCGGAGAAGAGGAGGGGGGAGGAGAUCUAUUGGUGGAGGAGCGACCUGCCCCCUGCCAGAUCCUGCUCCUAUUGGAGGAGGGAGGCCCACGACCUUUAACUUUUGUCCUCAAUGCCAACCUGCUGGUCAAUGUCAAACUAGUCAGCUACUGCAGUAGGAAGUGCUGGUGUCUGGGCUCCAGUGGUCUACAGACAGUAGGGCAGAGGGAGGUAGUGUUCAUCCUGGAGUGUCUGUCUGAGGAGAGAUCUCUGCCCAAAGACCUGUUCACGCUGUACCUCUCCAUCUACCAGGACGCACAGAGGGGGAAGUUUGUGGAGGAGCUGGGCAACGUGGCGUUCACGGGUAGUUUCCUGGGUAGUAAGGAGCACGGUGGGGUGCUGUUCUUCUCCCCUACCUUUCAGGCCCUGGAGGGCCUCUGUCUGCCACCACAGCCCUUCCUCUGUGGCCUGCUCAUCCAGAGGCUGGAGGUGCCCUGGGCCAAGGUCUUCCCCCUUAGACUGCUCCUACGGCUGGGAGCAGAACACAGUGUGUACCCCAGUACGCUGGUCAGCGUCCGCUUCAGAGAGACUGUGUUCAGAGAGACCGGACACACCAUCAUGAACCUGCUGGCUGACCUGAGGAACUACCAGUACAGUCUGCCUGCCGUGGAGGGCCUGAGGAUCCACAUGGAGAUGGGCCACAGCUACAUAGACAUUCCCAAGAGUAGCUUUGCUGAGAUGCUGAAGGUGGUAAACGCAUCUAAUGAGCAUGUGAUCAGUGUGGGCGCUGGCUUCAGCUCUGCGGCGGAUUCCCACCUGGUCUGUUUCCAGAAUGACGAGGGCAACUACCAGAGCCAGGCCAACAGCCAGCCUGGAAAGACACGCACAGUUACGGGGGCCAGCUUCGUGGUAUUCAACGGUGCUCUGAAGGCUUCGUCGGGCUUCAUCGCCAAGUCGAGCAUCGUGGAGGACGGUCUGAUGGUGCAGAUCCCCCCAGAGACCAUGGAGGCCCUGCGCGCCGCCCUGAGGUCGCAGACGGACUUCCACAUCCCCUGUGGCAAGGCCGACGGAGGGGAGCUCCGGGACAACAUCACCGUGCGCUGGGUCGACUGGAGUGCUCCCGUCAACGCUGGUGUGACCAGUGGUGUGGACGGGAAGCCUCUGGAGGGGGUCCACAGUGUGAGGAUUCAGCAGGACACAGAGUUUGAGUCGGACGGACGCACCAUCAGGUGUACUGAGGUGUUCUACGUGUUGAAGAACCCAGACGUGUUCCUGUCUGCGGUGCUGCCGUCCUGCUGUGUGUUCCAGAGGGAGAUGGCUGUGGCCAGCUGUAGUGCUCUGACCCCUCACCUCUCUGUCCUGUCAGCCAGCGGCAUCAACUCCCUCGCCCUCCGAGUCUCCACACAAACAGACAUGGUGGAGUACCAGGCGGGUUCGGGAGGCAGGCUCCUACCCCAGCGCUAUAUGAACGAGCUGGACAGUGCUCUGAUCCCCGUCAUCCACGGAGGCUUGGCCAGCGUACCACAGACAGCCAUGGACAUGGAGUUUAUCUUCUACAUCACACACACCAUUUAAC